AUGAUGGUUUAUUCAACUGUAAAUCCAGUAAUUAAAGCUCUAAGUCCAAAUGAAGGAUGGGUUACAGGUGGUGAAACAAUCACUGUGAUUGGUGAGAAUUUUUUUCCUGGUCUACAAAUUGUUUUUGGAUCAACUGCUGUAUGGGGUGAAUUGAUUACACCACAUGCUCUACGUGUUAACACUCCACCAAGACAUUUAUCUGGUGUUGUUGAAGUGACAUUGGCAUUUAAAAAUAAAACAUUUUGUAAAAAUAAUCCAGGUCGAUUUGCUUAUAUUGCAAUGACUGAUCCGACAAUUGAAUAUGGAUUUCAAAGAUUAUGCAAAAUUAUUCCACGUCAUCCAGGUGAUCCAGAGCGUUUACCACGUGAAAUAAUUUUAAAACGUGCAGCAGAUCUAGCUGAAGCAUUAUAUACAAUGCCUAGUCGUGGUGGUAUGGUAGGAUUUCGAUCACCACCGUUACACCUUGUUUCACAGCCAUUACAACAACAACCCCAACAGCCAACAUCAUCAUCAUCAUCUUCGUUAUUUUGUAUGAGUCAAGAAGGCGGAGGUGGAGGCGGAGGAGGAGGAGAAGUAGACGAACUAGACCAUGAACAAGAAUGUCAUCAUCAUCAGCAGCAUCAUCGACAACAACAACAACAACAGUUAAAUAAUCAUUGUACUACAUCAAACAAUAACGAUAAUAAUCAUGCCAAUCCUAUUUCAUUAUGUUCCAAUUUAUCAUCACUGGAAAUGGGAUCAAUGAAUAGCGUUUUAGCAUUGACCAAUCGAAAUGGUAUUCAUCUUUAUCCAUAUGGCAUGACGACAACGACACCAACGCCGGUGACGACAACGGCGACAACACCAAUCACAGCAACAAUGUCAUCAUUAUUUCAUUCACCAUCAAUUUUAUCCAGUUUAGAACAUAAUGAACAUCGUGACAAUUUAUCAGCAUUGUAUGAUUCUAGACUUGGUCUACAUAGAGCUUUGUAUACAUUUGAUGGAAAAGACAAUAAUGAUCAUAGUAAUAACUGUAGUUGUACUACUACAUCUGGUCCGUUAAAAACUACAACAACACAUUUAACUUAUUCCACUUCGAAUUCUGAAUCGAUUGUAGGUGAAAACAGUCCUGAAAGUAGCACAGCUGCUACUACUACUACUACUAAUGCCGGUGUUAGUAGUAAUUGUCAGUCCCAUUUGAAUCUGCAACGAUCACAACAUAGAUUUGGUGAUGUUGUUGAAAAUGAUCACGAAGAAGCUGACAAUAAUAAUAGUGGUAAUAAUGACUAUUCAGCUAAUCAUGAAUCAUGUCUAAUCAUGGGUGGUAAUAAAAAGUUAAGACAGUCAACAUUUUUUACCGAAUCCACAAACCACCACCAUCAACAUCAACACCAUCCUCAUCCAUUAAAGCGGUUACGCAGUAGUGAUUGGUCACUCGAUGAGACGCAUACCAGUGAGGCGAGAUUACGACAAGAAACAAAUGAUGCACUAAUCAAAAUGACUAAUAAUUCAUUUCAAACAAUCACACGUAAUGGAUCACCACCUUAUCUACAGCGUAUGAAUAAUGAUACUGUUGUGCCUGAGAUGAAUUCGUCACAUCAUGAAAAACAAUUGAUUUCUUCAUGUCUGUCUACAAGUUUUACAUCACAUAUGAAUCAUUCUUACUGUGAGGCAUCACAAGCAACUACAUUAGAUUCCACUAAUGGCAGUAAUAGUAAUAAUAAUAACAGUGAUAAUUGUCUGUCGAAAUCAAUCAAUACAAAUGGAAUAUAUGAGUACAAUGACAAUGCAGCGCAAACAAAUAACAAUGUCAAUCAAUCGCUUUGUCCGCAGAUCACCUCUUAUUCAAAAUUCAAUAAAUCAUCUAACUAUGCAGAGAAUAAAAAUCGAUCUCAUGUAUCUUUGGCAAAAUCAACUACUUGUGGCCUACCAACAAACGAAUUGACUUCUAUGAUUGGCAAUAAAACAACCGAUAAUGAUCAUAAUAAUAAUAAUAACAAUAAUUCAUGGACUGGAUCAUCAAGCAACUUGCAUGUUAGUGUAAAUGUUAUUGAUCCGCAUUUAUCAACGUCGUCAAUUUAUCCACUAGAUAAUUAUACAAAUCAUGAUAUACAAUCAACAUCAUCAUCAUCAUCUUUAUGUUCUAAAACACAAGAAUCAUUGUCUUCAACAAGAAAUCCAGUCAAUACUACUUCAACUCUAUCACCGGUACUAACACGAACAAAUUCUCUACAAUCCUCUACUAAUCAUAGGCAUCAAAUUCCAUUAAUGCAAAGAGUCAAAACAUUAUCUUCACCUUUAUCUUCAUCAACUUCCAUCUCUUCCUCUUCUUCGUCAUCACCAUCAUCAUCAUCAUCAUCAACUUCAUCUGCUGCGACUGUUAUGAUUCAAUGAUCAAUUCCAAAAAUUGUCAUGAAUUCUUCAAUUAGUUCAAUUACACAAUACAAUGAAUGGUCAAGAUAAUCAACAGAUCAUCAGUAACCAAA